AUGCAUAAGAACUCCAUAAUGGAUCUUGAAUUCUCCAGCGAUGAUAAACUGUUAGCCACAGCAUCCGGAGAUCAAACCUCCCACAUUAUUGAUAUGACUACCCAAACCCCUAUCUACUCUCUAUCCAAGCAUACUUGCUCCGUCAAACGGGUGCAGUUCCAGCCUGGAAGCAACAACAACGUAGUUGCAACGUGCAGCCGAGAUGGCAGCGUCAAUAUAUGGGACCUAAGGUACAAGGCCUAUGACAAGCCAGCUUUCCGGUUGCAAUGCUCUCUUGGUGACGAUGAUGAUGACACUCUCAGACCACCGGCUAAGAUGAAGUAUGCUCAAACGUCCAAGACCAUUACAGGUGCACAUCUGGAGAGAGCUCGUACCAAGUCCGAACAGGAAUCCCAGCUACGUCGUGAUGACACAACCGUCACCUCGGUUUCCUUCCUGAACCCAGGCCGUGAACAUUUGUUUGUUACCUCCUCAGAAUCAAACGCCUGUGUGAGACUGUGGGAUCUUCGAACUGCAUACACUUUACGACGAGCUGCUGUUCCGCUGGCUUCAACCCGCCAGCCAGACAGUCAUUCUCGCUUCCGCCAGUUCGGCCUGACCUCCCUGACAUUUAAUACAGACGGAAGUAGACUCUACACCCUCUGCAGAGACGGUACUAUUUAUGCAUAUUCGACCCCUCAUCUACUUCUGGGCAACUCUCCUGAAAUGUCACAGCCCAAUAACACCCCCGGACGACGAUAUCCUGCAGAAGAGGCUAAGGCCGGUCUAGGCCCUCUUUACGGUUUCCGUCACCCACGACUGAUGGUUGGUUCAUUUUUCGUCAAGCUGGGCCUCCGUCGAGCAGUUGACGAUAAGACUGAACUUCUGUCGGUUGGAAGCAGUGAUAACUGUGCCAUACUCUUCCCCGCAAAUGAAAGAUACCUUACUCCUUCCCUUGCAUCGUCCACCAACCAGCCUCCAUCUACCACUCCAACUACCAACACAUCGUUACCUCCCAUACAGUCCACUGCUGAACAUCGUCUCCGUCCUUGUCUUCGGAGAUCAAACUCCAGCUCAAGUCUCUCUGAGAGACUAGAACAUACUAUCCCCAUAUACCAACAUGGAACAGCCCUGGUUGAGGGCCAUAAUAAGGAAGUCACUGCUGUCUCAUGGGCACACGGGGGCGAAUUGGUCACUGUCAGCGAUGAUUUGCAUGCGAGAUGCUGGCGUGAGGGCCCCGCGGCUCGAAAACUCCGACGUGAUGGGGAUAUAAACGGACAACGAUGGCAGUGCGGUUGGGCAGACGUUAAGGACUCAUCCUAUGAUGACGACGAAGCGUAA